AUGAUGAUGACAAAUAUGACAUUCACAAAAGGGAUAGGUUCACCAAAUUAUAUGGCACCAGAAAUAUUAAACAGAGAACAUUAUAAAAUGCCAUCAGAUAUAUAUUCAUUUUCAAUAACAAUGUUACAAAUCAUUACAUGGAAAGAUCCAUUUCCUAAAUCAGAAUUUAAAUUCCCAUGGUCAAUUGCCAAUGCAACUGCACAAGGACAGCGCCCUUCUCUUAUAAAUGAAGUUCAAGAACCAAUUAGAUCACUAAUUGAAUCAGCCUGGUGCCAAGAGUCUGCAAAAAGAAUAAGAGCAGAAGAAAUAAUUUCUUGUUUAGAAGCUGUAUAUUGA